AUGGUCGCAUAUCUUUCACUGACAGCGUCAUUGCGUACAUUUUUGCAGCAAGAGCAGACCUUCAACCUAAACAAUGAUCCUGCCGAAACUGCAGCAUUCAAAAAUGCUCAGAUUAAGGGCAUUCUGUCUCACCUUUCAGCAUAUAGAAAAAAUGUCUGCAUGCUCAUGAUGAAUAAUUUGGUAGAGAAGAGCAAGGCCAAUAAUAACCAUCCUUUCGGCAUUUCGACGCCUUGGGAAAAGCUGCCGUCGAGCUAUAAGCAAUUCUAUGUCAAGCAACUUGGAGAAAUGGCUUCGCAGUCCAACAUUCCUUUAGCAAGAUGUGAAGACAGUAGGGCUGCGAAGGGACUCUUGCGGGUGUAUUAG